GGCGACAUGCACAGGAGAAGAUGGAGGUUUUGCUAAGAGCUACCGCAAUUCCAAACUUCUGAAGGGUUGUUGCAAACUGCGAGUCAAAGAGCCCUUUGGUGACAGAAUGACAGUAUGGAUGUUGGGGAUAGUCCCUUUCUCCCAGACAGCAUCCUCUAUGAGAUUUUCCUGUACCUGGACCACGUAGAUGUGCUCUCGGUGGGGUUGGUGUGUCGGCAAUGGCAUGCGGUGGCCCGGGAUGAGUUCCUGUGGAAGGAGCUGUUCUAUAGAUACUACAGGGUCUCUCGGGAAGUGCCACGACACCCAGCUGCUGUUUCCUGGUACGAGGACUUCCAGAGGCUCUAUGACACCAUCCCCUGUGUUGAAGUGCAGACCCUGACAGAGCACAAUGACCAGGUCUUACACCUUAGCUUCUCCCACACAGGCUACCUGUUUGCAUCCUGCUCCAAGGACUGCACAGUUAAGAUCUGGAACAACGAGCUGGCCAUUUCCUUGCUCCACAGCUCCAACAUGAGGCUGUACAACUGGAGCUACACCCAGUUCUCUCAGUUCAACUCGGAUGACACCCUCCUCUUGGUGUCAGGGGUCUUUGUGGGGCCUUGUAACUCCUCGUCAGGAGAGAUCGCCGUCAUUAGCCUGGAUAACUUCACGCUCCUCUCCAGGGUGAGGAACAAACCCUAUGAUGUGUUUGGCUGCUGGCUGAAUGAAACCAACUUGAUUUCUGGCAACCUGCACCGAAUUGGACGCAUCACCUCCUGCUCUGUGCUGUGGCUGAACAAUGCCUUCCAGGGGAUAGAGUCUGAGAAUGUGAAUGUAGUGAAGAGACUGUUCAAAAUCCAGAACUUGAACGCCAGCACCAUCCGGACAGUGAUGGUGGCAGACUGCAGCCGCUACGAUGCCCCGGACCUGCUCCUGGACUACAAGGAGCAGCUGGCAGCUGCUGCCGCUCCCUACCAGGUCUUUGAUCUUGGCAGUGACAGUGAGGAAGAGGAGGCGAAGCCCAAGCAGAAAGUGAUGCCAGAGCCAGUGGCGCAGGCAUCGCCAGACGGUGGGAGCGGGACAGCAGAGGACGGGCUGCAGCAGUUCCUGGACGACAUCCUCGAAGGCCGUGUGAUGCCUGUCAUGAGUGAGAGCGAGCUGGAGACGAAGGUGGCAGAGCUGCUUGCCAGGAACAGGACUAAACCGCCUGAGCUGAACCAGUUCCCCACAGAGGCCAGCAACAAGAAGAAAUACUUAAUCUUCACCACAGGAUGCCUCACCUACUCUCCACACCAGAUAGGGAUUAAGCAGAUCUUGCCUCAUCAGAUGACGACUGCUGGACCAGUGCUUGGGGAGAAGAGACGUUCAGAUGAGUUCUUUGAUUCGCUGGAUCAUGUCAUUGACAUCCACGGUCACAUUAUUGGAAUGGGCCUUUCUCCUGAUCACAGGUACCUGUAUGUGAACAGCCGGUCCUGGCCGCGGGACUGUGUGAUCUCUGAUCCCAAGCAGCCACCCCCCAUCGCAGAGGAGAUUGACCUGCAUGUGUUUGAUCUGAAGACCAUGAAGGAGGUGAAGCGAGCUCUCCGCUCGCACCGGGCCUACACUCCCAGCGAUGAAUGCUUCUUCAUCUUCCUUGAUGUCAGCAGGGAUUUCGUAGCCAGUGGGGCAGAGGAUCAUCAUGGCUACAUCUGGGACCGGCACUACAAUAUCUGCCUGGCCAAGCUGCAGCAUGACGACGUGGUCAACUCCGUGGCAUUCAGCCCCAUUGAGCAGGAACUGCUCCUGACGGCCAGUGAUGACACCACCAUCAAAGUGUGGCGCUCCCCCCGCACAGUGCGCAUCCACCAUGCCAGGAAACCGAAGCCCCGCAAGCUGCUCUUCUCCUGGCUCAUGAACCAGCAGAGCUGAACCAAGGCACCUGUUCGUGCUGCUGCCUCACUCCAGCCACACCCUCUAUUGUGCUUUGGACAGUGGGAGCAUUGAUGGAGAGGAGCUGUGGGCACAAGGCCCUGGAAGGAUCCUACCCCAAGAGAGAACCUUGCACUCCCACCAAUGGCUGGCAUCUGACAGAACUGUUACAGUCAGACUGCCCCACUGUCGCUGCAGUCUCUGAGCUGGGUCACUGCAGGGCAAACUCCCCCUCCACAUCACAGGUGCUGCUAGUCGGUCACGCUACUUGCAGCCAAGCUUUGGUCACUGAUCAGCACAGACUGGGGGGGUUUAUUUUCUUUGUGAGCUGGGGGUCUAGCCUCAGAGCUGCUGGCUCAAAGGGGAAUGUCGCAGCACUGCUCUUGUCAUGACAGGGCUGUUUUAUCGUUGUCUGUCUGUCCCAUGCAGGAGUGCUGACAGUGUUACUGGUCACCCUCCUCCCAUCUCCUACAGCCAGGUCUUGAAUGCAGACCGGCGAACAAUGAGACUUUCCAGAGAGGCUCUCGCUCAAAAAGUGCAAAGCAUUAGGGUACCGGUGCUGGCUUGGCAGCUCUAACAGUCUGCUGAUGGCAGCUAGCAACUUUCUGCCCCGCAUUCCACCUCGGGCCUACCAGAGCCCUUUGGACUGCAGCCAGCUCAAGGCAAGCCUCUGUCGCUGCUUUCCAUUAGCUGUGAGCCUGUGGCUUCCACACGGGUAUGUGGAGAGCUGGAGGGUCACACAGGAUGGGCCUUGGUGAGCUGCUAAAUAACAUUAAGAUGCUCCAGUUGCAUUGCUAAUGUGUUGUUUUCCAGGCAAUCCACUGCAGUGGGAACCUCAGCUUUGUGGUCACCCCUUCAAUGAGGGCAGCUUAUGGGCUAGAGUUGGCCAUGAGAAUCUGAGUCCAACUGUCACAGCAUGAGCCACAAACUCAUGGUAUUUGCUCUGCAGGACAUAGCAGGCGGCUACGCCAUCCCAGCUGAUGUCUGAGUUGCUUACUAACUGCCACCUGGAUGAGAACUGUCCAAGUGCUCUUUCACUGUGGGUGAUUUCUCCCUGCAGUGCUACUGGCCUCCCCCAGCGCCUUUAAGUUCUCAUCUAACGAGUCAGUCUUUUCUGUGCUCUGUCAUGCUGCACUCUUGGUCUCACUCAAGGCUCCUGGAGCUGGGUGUGAUGAGGCAGCCUGUGGAAGCCAAGACUGAUCCAGUAGCUGGCCCUGGGUCAAAGCUGAUCCCUGUUUAAGAACUAGUCUUUGUCUUUGAAAGCAUUGGCCCUAGGAUUUUAACUUGGUGUUUGAACUAGGAUCCUAAAUCCAUAGGCCUGGAUUUCUGAGGUGCUGGUAACCUGCAGCUCCCAGUGACUUCAAACUGCAGGUGCUCAGCAGCUUUGAAAAUAGCAGGAUGGAAUUUUUAGGCCUCUGAAUUUGGAAGCAGUGGCUCUAGUCUGUAAAACAGAGGAGCGGCUGGGGAAGAAGAGGGUUGUAUACUUGUUAGUUGUCUGUACGCUCUGCUCAGGCAGAGGCACAAGUCAAAUUAAAUGGUGCUUCUGCUGCUUUCUAUCAGUCCUCUGGGCUGCAGCCUUCUGUGCUGCGUGGCCAUGCAGGGUUUUAAUUCCUCUUAUGGGGGUUGGCAAGAUUCAUAGUGUUGCUACCCUCCCCCAGCAGCACGCUGCAGGGGCUCUACCGCCCAGAGUUCACAUAACGGGUCUGUCUGCCACUAGCAACAGCUUCCACAGAGAGCAGGGACGUUUUGUUUGCAAAUGGUUUGGAAGACAUGGAUGCUUCCUGUGGAGCUGUUUGACCAUUACAGAAACUAAAUUCACUCACCCUGAGUGGGGAUUUUUUAAAUAGCUGUGAGCUUGUGAACCCUUUUCCUGCUCGCUGGCGCUAGGCUUAAAGCACAGUGCCCCAGCCAGCUGUGGCCUGCCUGGGCACAGCCAGGCCCUGAGGGCAGCAAGGAGCUUUCUCUUGUUCAAACAUUCUGCUCCUCGCUACAGCAAUGAAUAAAGGGCCUGCCCUGCUGU